UUAUAUAUGAUUAUGUAAACAUUAUAAAAAUUGGGCAAGUAUAUACAUGUACAUGAUUGCAAGACAUGGCAUAUGUGACCUAAAAAACAUACUUCACCUUUAUGCCCUGAAUUUCAUAUUUGGAAUAGUUUAUAAAAUAAACAAAUUAAAAAAAAAAAUUAAAAAACUUAGUGUUAAUUAAUACCUUUUGGUGACUCUGCAUCCUCUUUAAAAUGCUCCUAUUCCAUCCAUAUGCUUAGCAAACCUCAACCUGAAGUCCUGAAUUGUCAAAACACAGUCAAAGAGAGAGAGAGAGAGAUGGAAGAAGAAAGUCCCUAUUCAUGUGAGCAUGCAGAAGAAGACUACAUAGACAUGGAAGUUUGUUCACAUUCCACCAUUUUCAGCCAUUCCAAAAGCUCACAACCUGACCCCAGAGAAUUCGAGUUCCAAAUGUUCUCAACCUCUGUUGAAAAAGACACCACAACUUCCCCUGCAGAUGAGCUCUUCUACAAAGGCAAACUCCUCCCCCUUCACCUCCCCCCACGCCUAGAAAUGGUAGAGAAACUUCUUCAGAAUCCCAGCACUUACAACAUCAAGGCUGAAGUUGACGCCCAGUUUGAUGCGUUUGAAGAGUCCUUUAGAACCCCAUCAUGCACACCUACCAAUCAUACCCCUACCACCAACACCCCAUUUGAAUCCUGCAACGUUUCCCCCGCGGAGUCUUGCCAAGUCAGCAGGGAACUCAAUCCAGAAGAAUACUUCUUUGGACAUGUAGCAAAUGACAACCCAAAACGGACAUGGACAAGAAAGCUUAGGCUGAUGAAGCAGUCCUCUUUGAGUUCAAAGUUGAAAGCCUCCCGGGCUUAUCUAAAAUCAUUGUUUGUCAAAUCUAGCUGCUCAAGUCAAUCCUCGGCAGCUGCUUCAAGAAUGAUCAACAAAGGAUUAGCUCCACAGGCCAAUGAAGGUUGUAAAACCCAUGCCAAAGUAGCUAAGAAGGAGCCACUUGGGCAGAUUCAGAGAGGUGGAUGCCAAACUUCAUCUUCACUCGCAAAGAGCUUCAACAAAGAAAACCCCUCUGGGGAUGAAGGAGGCCAUCAUAGAAGGUCAUUUUCAGCGGCUUUUAAAAGGAUAUCAACAACAACAAAAAUUUCAUCCUCAGUGACAUCAUCCUCCGGCUGCUCAUCAGCUUCAAGCUCAAACAAUUCAAACGGAUUUCAAGAGCUGCAAUUUUUCAAGAGAAGCGCCAGUGCAUAUUCAGAUAUUGAGAAUUCAAUCCAGGCAGCAAUCGCUCAUUGUAAAAGAUCUCAACAGCAGUUACACUCAACGAAUACUGUAACUGACCUCGGGAUAUGCUCAAUGUCUGCUUCUAAAGUUACCUGUGAGGAACAAGAAAGACCAGCACUGUGCCAGAGUUAAAAGUAUUUUACUUUUGUUUACUUUAGGGUGGAAUGAUGGAAGAGAUUGGACACGAACAAUUUUGCUUGCCUUAUGAUGCGUUUUUUAUAUAACUUUAGUAUAACAAUUAACAAGCAUCAUGCAAAGAAGCAAACCCAUAUUUUUGCAGACUUUCUUGUACUUCCAUCCACAAAAAUUUGUGAAAACGCCACAAUAAAGUAUU